AACAAUUCAUUAAAACUCAAAACAAAUCUCUCCCUCACAAAUUCUCCUCCCAAUUUAUGUUUACUUUUUUUUUCUUUUUAAUAAAAAGAAAAUAGAUUUUUUUUUAUAGUAUUAUAAUUUAUUACUCCUUUGGCAGAAACGCUUAAUUCGAGAAAAAUCAAGGUUGCUGGACAAAAAAACCCUUGUUGAGAAGAUAGUGGAACUUUCAAAAUAUGAUGUCAUCAAGUGAGCAAAGAAGGGAAGUAGGAGAAGGAUCAUCAGCGACCGCAACUCUAGUACAAUCUGAUCAUCACCAUCAUCAUCAACUAUUAUCAUCAUCGACUCAACUGAGUCGUUAUGAGUCUCAAAAACGUCGUGAUUGGAACACUUUCGGACAAUACUUGAAGAACCACAAACCCCCGGUUCCUUUACCGCAGUGCAACUACAACCACGUGUUAGAUUUUCUCCGAUACCUAGAUCAAUUUGGAAAAACUAAGGUACAUUUAAAUGGAUGUGUAUUUUUUGGACAAGUUGAGCAAGUUGGACAAUGUAUAUGUCCUCUUAAACAAGCAUGGGGGAGUUUAGAUGCACUAAUUGGAAGGCUUAGAGCUGCUUAUGAAGAAAAUGGAGGAUUACAAGAGACUAAUCCAUUUGCUAAUAGUGCUAUAAGAAUUUAUCUUCGUGAGGUAAGAGAUUCUCAAGCUAAAGCAAGGGGAAUUCCUUAUAAGAAGAAGAAAAAGAAGAGGAAAAUUCAAAUUAAUUCUUGUAAUAACAAUGAGGCAAAUUCUUCUUGAUUUGCUCAAGAGGGAAAAAAAUAAAUGGUAAAAAAAAUUUCUUUUAUAAUAUAAUAAGAGGGUUACUUCAAUUUGCUUUUGG